UAGACAUUGAUUUAUUCUUAUUGCCAUUUUCAUUUUAGUUGACUUUUUAGUAUUAGUAAUUUGUCUACGGUUGAACGUUUAUUGAUUAUCUAGAUUCAGCUAAAGUAAAACAUGUCUGAACGUGGUCGAGGAAGAGCCCGCGGACGUGCGGGAAGAGGAGGUGAUGGAACUGGACAACCACCGAGAAGGCCUGGGGAGCUACCUGGGCCUUAUCAGCAACAACCAAGUCAACCGGGGCCCAGACCGCAACCACCCUCGGCUUGGGGUCCUCCGUCUGUUGCUCCUCCAGUUAGAGCUGGUAUGCCUGCGCCGUCUGUUGGCAGGGCCUCCCAUCGAACUACUCCUUCAACUCAUGAACACCCAGGAGAUGUCGAUAUUCAACAAAGAAUGCAAACAAUUGCAAUAUGUAUCCCAACCAUCAGCUAGUGGAGAGCCAGGGUCAGCAGUUGUCGGUCGUGGAUCACGUAGAGGUGGUGGACGUGUCUUGCCAGAACAAAUGCAGAUCAUGCGCACUCGUCCUGAAACAGUGACUUCCAAGAAAGGAAGUACUGGAACACCAUUGGAUUUGUCCGCAAACUACUUCACCGUUGAAACAACUCCAAAUUGGUCCCUCUAUCAAUAUCAUGUUGAUUUCUCACCAGAAGAAGAUAACACUGGAAUUCGUAAAGCGCUAUUACGUAUUCACGCAAAAACACUUGGAGGAUAUAUAUUUGAUGGUUCUACAUUGUAUACUGUAUCUCGAUUACAUCCAGAGCCAUUGGAAUUGUACUCUGAUCGUACUACAGACGGUGCCCGCAUGAGAUUAUUAGUCAAGCUUACCUGCCAAGUAAGCCCUGGUGACUAUCACUACAUUCAAAUAUUCAACAUCAUUAUAAGAACAUGCUUCAGCAUAAUGCAACUGCAGCUAAUGAACAGAGAUUUCUUUGAUCCGGCUGCAAAGAUUGAUAUACCUGAGUAUAAGCUUCAAAUAUGGCCAGGAUAUAAAACUACUAUCAAUCAAUAUGAAGAUCGCCUUCUAAUGGUGACUGAAAUCACACACAAAGUUCUACGAAUGGACACAGUGCUUCAAAUGCUUAAAGAGUAUGCAUCAACCAAGGGUGCAAAUUAUAAAAAAAUAUUUUUGGAAGACAUUGUUGGUAAAAUUGUCAUGACAGACUACAACAAAAAAACAUACAGGGUCGAUGAUGUAACUUGGAACGAGACGCCGAGAUCGACUUUCAAAAUGAAAAAUGAAAAUGUCUCGUAUCUCGACUACUACACCAAGAAAUACAAUAUCAAGAUUCAAGACGGUGGCCAGCCGCUACUGAUAUCUCGCUCGAAGGCCCGCGACAUCCGCGCCGGCAUGCCCGAGCUGGUGUACCUGGUGCCGGAGCUGUGUCGGCAGACCGGCCUGUCGGACGACAUGCGCAGCAACUUCCAGCUGAUGCGCUCGCUCGCCGUGCACACCAAGAUCGGACCGGACGUGCGCAUUCAGAGGCUGCUCAACUUCAAUCGCCGUCUCACACAAAAUAAGCAAGUCGUAGAGGAACUGGCUAAAUGGAAUAUGAAAUUAUCGAACUCAUUGGUACGCUUCAAAGGUCGCCAACUUCCGGCUGAAAACAUAGUUCAAGGUAGCAAUGCUAAGUACCCAGCUGGUGAUACCAAUGAUGGCUGGACUAGAGAUAUGCGAUCUAAAAACUUGUUUACCAUCGCGAAUUUGCCUUCUUGGGUUGUCAUAACACCUGAGCGACAGCGUAGGGAUACAGAAAGUUUCGUAGAAUUGAUUAUGAAGACUGGAAAUGGCGUAGGCUUCAGAAUGCCUAGACCAGAAAUAGUUACUAUCCAGCGUGAUGGUCAGAUGGAGUAUGCUGGAAUGUGCGAAAAUGUUAUCGCAAGAAAAAAUCCUGCAAUGAUAGUUUGUGUCCUGGCUCGAAAUUAUGCUGACAGGUAUGAAGCCAUCAAGAAAAAAUGCACUGUGGAUCGCGCUGUACCCACCCAAGUGAUUUGCGCCCGAAAUAUGACUAGCAAAUCUGCCAUGUCCAUAGCUACUAAAGUGGCUAUCCAAAUCAAUUGCAAGCUCGGCGGAGCGCCAUGGACCGUCGAAAUCCCACUGCCCACUCUCAUGGUGGUGGGCUACGACGUGUGCCACGACACUCGCUCUAAGGAGAAGAGCUUCGGCGCAUUUGUGGCGACCCUGGACCGUCAGAUGACUCACUACUACACUAGCGUCAACGCGCACACGUCGGGCGAGGAACUCAGCGCACACAUUGGAUUCAAUAUCUUGUGCGCUGUGCGAAAGUACCGCGAGAGGAAUGGUGUAUUGCCUGGACGCAUCUUCUUUUACCGCGAUGGCGUAGGCGAUGGCCAAAUUCCAUACGUCAAAAGCCACGAAGUGGAGGAGAUUAAGAAGAAACUAGCUGAGGUCUAUGGUAACACUGACAUCAAAAUGGCGUUCAUCGUUGUUUCAAAGAGAAUUAAUACGAGAGUAUUCAUUGACCGCGGUCGCACCGGCGAGAAUCCUCGUCCUGGCACUGUAAUAGACGACGUGGUUACUUUGCCAGAGAGAUACGACUUCUUCUUGGUAUCCCAGAAUGUGCGCGAAGGAACUAUCGCUCCCACUUCUUACAACGUCAUCGAAGAUACCUCGAGCUUAGAUCCAGACCGCAUCCAGCGCCUGACGUACAAGCUGACGCACAUGUACUUCAACUGCUCGACGCAGGUGCGCGUGCCGGCCGUCUGCCAGUACGCGCACAAGCUGGCCUUCCUGGCCGCCAACAGUCUGCACAACCAGCCGCACUACUCGCUCAACGAAACUCUUUAUUUCCUUUAAUUUUUUUAUUUUUUUUACUAUUUUUUUUAAUCAAUUCGCUUAGUUGAACCACCUGAUUUCUAUUGAUAAGUUUUUAUUAUUACUAUUAUACAGCUCACGUUGCAUUUAAUUUAGUUUAUAGUUUCAGUGCUUGGAUGGAUAUAGUUCCUAUAUAGUUGUUUUUGUUGAAGUAGUCAAGUUGAGCAUUUAACAAUCUUAUUAUUAAACAUAUGUCACUUAUAAACUACAGGAGUAAUUCUGGAUAACAUAUAUUGGUGUUUCAAUCUUAAUAGUUCAUAAGAUUUUUGCUUACACAUUUCAAUUACGAAAUGUUGUAAUUUGCUUUUUUGUUCAUGUGUAUUUAUAAAUUACACUUAUUAUCUACACAUUUUUCAUAAGAUAUAUUGAUGUUUCAAUGUUAUUAAUAAGACUGUAAUUUUUCGAUUAUUCGAUACUUACGUAUUGAAGACGAAAGUAAAAAAAAAAUGCAGCUGCAUUCGGCUGUUAAAAUAUAGAACAUUUUGAGGAAUUUAAAAUUUGUCUGUGUUUAAGUGUCAUAUUAAGUGUUAGAUUUAGAAAAUAUAUAAGACUUGAUAAAAAAUUUACUCUUUUGAAUUACCGUGUUUUUUAAUUGUUAAUAAAUGUUUUAAAUAGUUUACACAUGGCCUAAGUACAGUUAUUACAUUUGUGACAAUUAAACGAUUCCAAAUACUACUAAUCAUAAGGUAAGGAAUAUUUUAUUCAGUAUAUUUCGUAGCAGGCCCGUCUUAACCCGGGGUGCAGGGAGUGCAAAAAAUCCUAGACAACACGUGUUUGUUAAAAUAGGGAGAUCGCCAGAACACUGCUUGUUACCCGGGUUUGUUGUGUUUAAGACUAUCUCAUAGUGUAAGGAGAAUGAACCUGGAUUGUUCAAAUUAUUUUUUUUUCUACCUCGUUUUUACAUGUUAACUUAUACUAAAAGUAUAAAUUGCGAAAGACUAAUAGGAAGGACUUGAUCUGUUUUUGAAUGCCAUUAUAAAAGUAUUAAGAGUCAGAAUCGCUUGUCACAGUGAUUAUUAUUAAUUAUAUUUUUUUAGAAUAUAUAACAUUUUUUAAAACGUGAUUACUUUUGUUACUUUAUAUUGAAUAAAGUCUAAUAUCU